AUGUACAGAAAACAACAUGUCCCACAGGACUAUCAAAGUGACUCUGGUCCUUCCGACAUCUUCCAUCCGACCUCUCGACGUCUCCGGCGGAAGCUGGAACCCUCUCAACGUCUUCCUGCCGCUCACACCAGGUCCAGACAUACAAGAACGACAUCCCAUACCAGCGGGCUGAGCUAUCGCUCACCAUCCAUGAGUAAUGCCACCGACUAUGCUUCGAGCUUCAAACGACGUCCGAGACUCAGACCUUCCCUCACCGGUCCACAGGUGGAAUCAAUGACUAUCACUCGACGUGCAGAGAUGUUGGCCGAUAUCGCAGCAGAUUGUCUGAUGAAGAUGCUGGCAGAGAUGGAUGGAGAUGGUACUGAUGAAUGGCACAGAUCAUGGCAAGCUCUCGUCACCUUGCGUCAAGCCUAUAUUCUUCCCGUUUAUGCUCCACCUUUUCCCCUUCUAAAAGACCUUAUGGAGUCAUUUCAUCCUCAUGUACGAUCCACAUUCGACUUUGCCUCACUCGCUCGUUCUGUCGGUCUGUCCAGUCUUGCCACCUUUGUCUACGUCAUUCUUGUCCCGGACGAAGCGGGAGAUUUGUUGUUGGAUAUCGAAGAUGAUGACGGUGCCUCGCAAGCGUCGGGCGGGAAGGGAAAAGCCAAAGCUCGGGAAUUGGAUCAGGAUUUGAGGGCUAGAGUGAGAAGAAGAAAUAGGAUCAUGUGGUUGGCUUGGAAGAAGUUUUGGUUGGUUGUCGUCCCUGCGACCCAGAGGGACAGCGAGAGUGCGUUACGGUUAUGGUUGGACUUUGCAACUCAAAUUCGUCUGACAUAUCAAUGUCCGACUCUCGACCCUCCUUCUGCUCCUCACUCGGAAUUACCCCUGCCCCCAGAACACCUCGAAGACCUCUUUUCUCCCUCAGCAAUUGGAAGAUACGGACAAUGGGAGAUGUCAGUUUCUGGGACAACAGGCUCGGGGAGUGCGGAGAAGACGUCUGUUCAGAGACGAUGGUCCUCGCUCGCUCGCAAAAGAGCCAAAGAGCUUCAUAACGUCGGAACCAUGCGUAGACGAUUUUCAUACGACAUGUUUAGAUCCGAAAUAUUAGCCUUCAUCUCUGCAGAAAUAUUACCCUCUAUAAUACCCAUCAAGACCUCACCCGUGCUGGCUACAGACAGUGAAGAUUCCUCUGCUGCCAUGUCAGAACUUGAAAACGGUCAUGGUCGACGUAUCAGUGCUCCUAUAUCUUACCACUCUUCCGACGCAGAAGACGCCGAUAUGGAAACUGCGGAAGAAUCAUUGGUUUCAUCCUCCGAAGUCGAAGAAGACGAGGAGGUCGUAGAAUUCGACCGUGAACUAUUCGCCGAAGCGGCUGCCGAAUUAGAACGAGAGCUUGACAUGUCACGUACACCUUAUAGACCUGAAGCAACCGAUGUUCACGAUUCAUCAACCCCACGCCAGAGGUCGGACGGACAAUGGAGAAUACGAACCGCUCCUUUAGAUCCGACUAUUCCGAUUCCUCGUGGUACUUUCAAUUGGGUUGCGAGACAAGAAGACGCUCAGCAACUUUCUUGGGACAGUCAACCUCGAGGAGCCGAGACCACUCCUCGGAUUCGGUUCUCAGAAGGUCCGUUGCCAGCUACACCCACGCCUAGAGCUAGAGCAGACGUGCUUCCACCUUCUAUAUUGCGAAAGAAUCCUUCCCCAAUGUCACAUCGAAGAACACCUCCUAGUCGACCGUUCGACGACAGAGUACACGAAGACCGUCCCGCUGCCUCGCAUCUCCCGUCCUUGGCCGUUGAUUUGAUCUUUAAUGGGGAGAGGGAAUCUGCAGUGGAGGAUCUACUACCUGACUCGCAGGAUUUGCAAUACGACAUAGGUUCUGCUUUGGGCUACUCCGAUCUACAAAAAGACGACAUGGCGUUGACGUACCUACUCCCCGACACGCAAGAGAUACAUGGGCAUGGUGAUGACCAGGUUGCGUAUAGGAAUGAGGAGAAGACUGUAAAUCUUGGGGACGAACACGUGGGCAUGAACGAAGGAACGGGACUGGGGGAAAUGCUGCUUCCGGAAACCUUGGAGAUGACUGGGUAUCAACCACAUGGUCUUGGUUUGGGUUUUUCGGAUGAGGAUGGAUUAUUGGAUCAACCUCUGUGGGAUGGUGGGGAGCUCGUGGCACGUGAAGGACACAAUCUUCCCUUGACCGACAACGUAUCACUCCCACAACCCAAUGGGCGAUCGCCGGAACCCCUCGAGUUGAAUCACCCUGCCGAGGGUCAUCCCGUCGACCAUCAAUUGGCACCCUGGGUACCUGACACCCCAAAUGACACUCGUCAAAGAUUCACAGAAAAUGCCCAGGAGUCCGAUCCCGAAGAAGCUGAAGAAUCGCCUGACACGGAAGUCGAAGAGCAGGUCGAAACUCAACAUGACGUUGGUUACCCUCGGACUAUUCGAACUGCUCGUCCUGCUCUGCCUACCUCACAGUUGACGUUCCUUUCAUCAAGAGGACGGAUGAAUGACUCGGGAAGAUUCAUAACUCCCGAUCCUACUGAAGACGCCCAAGAUAGAACCUUGAUUCGUACUCCCACCACUCCGGAAAUGACCUCAGCUCAGCCAUUUCCUCCUAAUCUCAAUCCUGUCGGAACCAGUACAGUCUCUUCGUCGCCACUUCCCAGUUCCCCCGUCAACCCCUCUACUUCCUCCAUUCGACCAACAUCUGUAUCAACCCAUCGCCCUCGUCCAUCUUUCCCACCCGCAUCUACCUCUACCUCUACCCUUCGUCCUACCGUACCCGCCCGGGCCCCAGUGGCCACAGCUCACGCAAGGUCUUCUCGUUCCCCCACCCUACCUACUCGACCCAUCCCUAGACCUUCCUCCCACGUGGAUCCUUAUCUAGUGGACGAAGACGGGUCUCCUCUCCAGUCCGAUCCUACUUAUCUAGUACCAAGAGAUCACAUUCCACGUCGAUCUCGGAUCCACGGUCAAGUUUCAGGUCAAUCCACAGUUUACUCUCGUAUCUCCGGUCGAAGAAGGUGGACGAAAGACGAAGAACUCCUACUUUAUAGAACUGUUCAGAAAGUACCUCUGGCAGAGGAAUAUCCAUUGAGAGUCGUAUGGUAUUUACAUGGAGAAUAUGGGGUUCUCAGUCAAUCCUUAGCAGAAUUCAAUCCGCAACAUAUGAAAGAUAAAAUGAGGGUAAUUGUCACUACUCGUCUGAAUAAUGGGAGAAGUGUGGAAGGCAGAGCUAGGUAUUGGUUGAGACAGGAUGAUGAGAGACGUAAAGAACUGGAGAGGGAGAUCAAGGAAUAUAGGAAAAGAAUGAAGGCCUUGAAUGAGGAGACGUCAGAAGGUGAGGAGACCGUUUCGGGAUUUGCGACACCUCGAUCCACUGGAAGGAAGAGAAAAAGUAGAUCGAAAGGGAAAUCGAGAAGAAAGACCAGCCAAUCAAAAGUUGUAACAUCGGGUGAGGGAGAAGAUGGUCAAGUGGAUGAGUUAGAAAGUGAGGAAGGUGAUGAAGUACAAGCUAGAUCUUCGAUCCAUCCGACAGGUACUUCUGUUCCCCCACCCAACUCCCGAUCUCCCGAACACCAGAAAGACAGAAGGUCACAUGAACGACAGAACCAUUCCAAAAAGAGACCUGCACCAAUUGUAGAGAUCUCCCCUCGUCGACCUCCUCCUUCUGCUCCUCCGCCUGUAGCGGAGCGUACAGCAAGCGUGAGACGUAAUGCUCCACGAGCCAGUCGACCAGCUCAAACCUUGGAAAACGUGGAUGUCACUUCACGAGACGGUCAAAUACCCCGGCAGUCAAACAACGAUCAAGUCACCCCCAGACCGGCGAGAAAAGCCGCCCCUCGACCAGGGGAGAUGAUAGAAGAAGAACACGAGACUCUUCAGUCUGCUCCUCAGAGGAAAGGUCGCGAGGUUGAGGGAGCAAGGGUGAUUUUAGUGGAUGCUGAUGGUACGAAGAAGAGGCGUAGUGUCUCUCAGUCUUAUGAGCCGUCGAUGGAACAGGAGUCGGAUGGAACAGUGGAUAUUCAAUAUGAUACCGCGAAGGUUGUCACGCUCAAAACCCAAGCUCAUGCUAAAAAUCGAACUCAUGCUAGAACUCGGACUCAAAGAGCUGCUCUUCCUCCUCAGGACGCAACAGAAGAAGAUUCUGAAUCACCACUUCCUGAGCCAUCAAAAAGUUCAAAGAAAUUAUUGCCCCUUCCGAGUCAAAAAGAAGCUUAUAGGAGGAGACGGGAAGGUUUACGAUCUCAUGAAGCUGUAGCUGAAGAGGGAAACCCCGUCCGAAGGAGAGCAAGUAGGAAAGCCGCCCCUCAACCGGGGGAGAUGGCGGAAAAAGAAGAAGAAGAGGACUCGUCUUCAAAUACGCAUGAGGCGGAGGGGCCUAUAAACAUCGCUACGAUAAGAGGUCGGCCAAAAGGCACUGGUAAGAAUCAAAAGAGGAUAGCUAAGGUUGUCAAAAAUAUGCCUGUGAAUUUACGUGGUGGUGGACCAUCCCAGAGUGAGAGAAGAAUAACACGAUCAAGUGGGAAAGAAUCCGUAGCUUCUCGGGCGGGGAAAAAGAAGGCGAUUGAUGCUGAGGAAGGAGACGAUCAAGCAAUGGAUGACGAGGAUGAGAUUGAUGAGCUGAAUACCUCAAGCGAUGAGGCGGUGAAUGAGGAAAGAACAAUGGCUGGUGACGCGGAGGAGAGGGAUCAGGUAGGAGAUGAGCAAUCCGAGGUCGAAGAUGGGAUCGAUGACGAAGUAGGAGUAGAAGGACAAUUAGAAGAUGUGGAAGGUGUAAGUCAGAGGGAUGAGGAUGAAGAGAUGGAAGAUGACGAUAUUAAAGUAUCGGCCGGAACGAAGUCUGCAAGCGCUACACAGGCGGAUAGGACUGUGAGGCACGCAAUGAUAAGACACAUGGUUCGGGGGAAUGAAUGA